AUGUUUGACAGCAUCCCUUACCACGCCGCUCGCUCGAUCCUCUUUCUCUGCUUGCUAUACUCUGAGUUGCCUUAGACUGACCCGGUGACUGUCGGGACAGCCUUUUGAGGGGUCCAUGGAGCUCAGCACCAAUGUCACGUGCCCAAAGCUGAGUCCCUGAUUGGGUGACGCACCGCAGGACCUUAGAUCGCGUCUGUAUAUUGACUUAACAUUGAAUCUUGAUGCCCCUGAUGCGCAAAUCGUAAGGGCACAGGAGAUUUGUUACCGUAAAUACCCUUCCUGACACAACCCUGUAUUUUAUCCUGGCUGGGGACCGGAACAGGGGGACCCAGACUUGGGUCCUUGUGGCUCCAUAGUUAGGCAGCAGCGCUGUGAAGGGUCUUGCCUGGUUCCACAAUGAAUAAAGCUCAAUGUUCAAUUCAGCCUGGGAAUUGAACCUUGUGCCAGUCCUGCACUUAACCCACUGAGCCAUCCAGCCGCUUAUCAAAACAUAAAAACAGAAUGUGUUAACUUCAGUUAUCAGACUCGAGUGUAUAUUUCCAAUUAUGACAUGUUUGGCUUGUUGUGUUUUCUUGCACUUCUGUGUCUUUGUGAAGUUUUUGAAUCUCAUCUGAAACAAUUCAAAAAGCACAGUUUGCAGUGGAAGCAGAGCUACAACAACACGCACACUCACAUGCAGGCAGCUCUCACAUCAGUGUGUCUUCCUCACAGGGGAGGAGGAUCAUCCUCAUCGCUCAGUCAGAGCAGAUCUCUGCUCAGUCCUGGUUUUGCUGUGCUCCUCAUCCCUUCUUGACUUCUUCCAUCUCCUCCUGAAUUGGCGAUCCAGGCUGAAAAUGGAUGCAAAGACCGUCUCUCUGCUCAUUCUGAGCUUCUGCUGCUUCAUAUGCGGUUCACUGCAGGGAGUUCACCAGCGGCGUCUCUACAAAGAGCUGAUAAGGAACUACAACCCUUUGGAGAGACCAGUGAGCAAUGACUCGCACAGCCUGACCGUCCACUUCAGCUUCAGCCUGCUGCAGAUCAUGGAUGUGGAUGAGAAGAACCAGGUUCUGACCACUAACAUCUGGCUUCAGCUGUACUGGAAAGAUUUCUACCUGCAGUGGAACAUGUCUGACUAUCCAGGUGUGACCAACGUACGGUUUCCUGACAGCCAGAUCUGGAGGCCUGACAUCCUGCUUUACAACAGUGCAGAUGAAAGGUUUGAUGCUUCAUUCCACACCAACAUCUUGGUCAACUCCAGCGGCUACUGCCAAUACCUGCCACCAGGAAUAUUCAAAAGCACUUGCCACAUCGAUGUCCGCUGGUUUCCGUUUGACGUGCAGCGUUGUGACCUUAAGUUCGGAUCGUGGACCUAUGGAGGCUGGUCCCUGGACUUGCAGAUGAUCAACGCCGACACUACUGGAUACAUUGCCAAUGGAGAGUGGGAUCUUGUUGAGGUUCCCGGACAAAGAAGUGAGCGAUUUUACGAUUGCUGUAAGGAGCCGUAUCCUGAUGUGACCUUCACUGUUGUGAUGAGGAGGAGGACGCUCUACUAUGGCCUGAACUUCCUCAUCCCUUGUGUUCUCAUUUCCACCCUUGCACUCCUCGUCUUCCUGUUGCCUGCAGACUCUGGGGAGAAGAUCUCUCUUGGCAUCACAGUGCUGCUGUCUCUGACCGUCUUCAUGCUGCUGGUGGCUGAAAUCAUGCCGGCCACUUCAGAUUCAGUUCCUCUCAUAGCACAGUACUUUGCCACAACCAUGGCGAUCGUGGGUCUGUCAGUCAUCGCCACUGUUCUGGUUCUACAGUACCACCAUCAUGACCCGGAUGGAGGACACAUGCCUCAGUGGACCCGGGUGGUUUUGCUGAACUGGUGCGCCUGGUUCUUACGCAUGCGGCGUCCGGGAGAAGCCAAAGUCCUUCUGGCAUGUCACAAUAUGGGCAAGCGCCAACGAGGGAGCCUCUCCAGCCUGGAGCUCAGCAUUAACCCUGUGUCUGUCCCCCCCCAGCCACAUGUUACCAACAGCAACCUUCUCUAUGUGGGCUUUCAAGGGGUGGAGGGGCUGCACUGUGGCUCAGCCACAGAUCCAGAGCCGCUCUGCGCACGGUUCAUUGAGGAAGACUUUCUGAGAGUGGGAGGUGGGACAAGAAGAAGACAAGGAGGGGUCCUGAAUGACUCCGCCCUAGAGGUGGAGCUGCAGCAGAUCCUGGAGGAGGUUAGGUUCAUUGGUCAGCGUUUCCGCAACCAGGACCAGGAGAAGGCGGCGUGCAGCGAGUGGAAGUUUGCCGCAGCGGUCAUCGACCGCCUCUGCCUGGUGGCCUUCUCUGUCUUCACCAUCCUCUGCACCAUCGGCAUCCUCAUGUCUGCCCCCAACUUUGUGGAAGCCAUCUCCAAAGACUUCUUCAGCUGAGGAGAGGAGAUCUGUCCCCAGGGUGCAACUUGCAGCAUGAAUAGGGUCGGUGCCGUCAGCCGCAGGCCUCCCCCCACAGAAAACUCCUUUCCCUUCAUUUCCACUGAAGAUCGUUCAAACUGCUGAAGAGCUCUACCGUUAGGCUGAAGUUAACCUUUUCAAAGAGGAAAGUCUUCAGCUGUGAGCUGAAUACUUCCUUCUGCAGAUCACAGACCUCUGAGCAACCAUUCCUGCCAGUGCUCAAACACGAGGAUUUCUGAGGUUUUUAGCAACAAUUGUAAAAAGGAUAAAAAGCUCAAAAUCAACUCCUGUGUUUCAUGAGCUCAUGUCUUCAGCUGUCCCAGGCAUCACAUGUUUGCUUGAGGCUCUUCAUCCGUCUGCCAUCAGGUCGGUGCACAGCUUUCUCAUGCAUGGGCCCGUGUUUCCUUUGGUUACCUGUGACUUCCACCUGAAGCAUGGUUCAUAAACUGACCUGAACUCUGUUCCAGAUCGUAUCCAGAGGCUUUUACUAGUUAUUGACUGAUAGAACUCUUUGCCUCCUUAACCAGUUUUUUCUGUGUGGUCCUGAAAUGCUCUUUUAGAUUCUCUAAAGAUGAAGUUAGAUCUUUGCAGGAUAAAACUUGAUUGUGAACAAUGUGCUCUGUUCUUGCAUAACAUGAACACCAUCUUCUGAAUAGGGAGCAUGUUCCAGAUGAGCUGCAAUGCUUCCUGCAUUUCAGCCGUGUUUGGAUGAAGAACCACUCGAGUGACCCCCAUCCACCUCAGGGCUGAGGAUCAGCCCACUUUUAGUCUUUUAAUCAGACCAGGACCGAAAUUCCUUCAUAAAAAAAUCCAUUCAUCACCUUCAACAUUCUAAAAUGUCUUUUUCUACCUGUGAACCUGUACAGAAGAAGGUGAUCACAGCCGUACAGUUAACGGAGAAUAUCUGACGGAUCCUCAACCGAGAUAUUGAAGCGUCACGUGGGACAGGCCGUUUGGUUCACUCCACCCAGCUCCAUUACUCUCCAGAAAUGUUUGUAAUGUUUUGUUGAGUCCACCCACAUGCCAAUCAAGAAACAUUACUUGUUCCCAAAGUGGAGAUUUCAGCAGUUAUAAAAAAAAACAAUGAAACAAUAAAUGUCAAAAGUUUCUGCAUCCUGACCUCCAGUGGUCUUCGGAGGAACUACAACACGUGUCAAAGUCAAGGCCCGGGGGCCGAAUGUGGCCCGCAAUGUCACUUUAUGUGGCCCACAAGAGCAUAAAAGUUUUUAACUACUUAAAAUAUAAUUUUAUUUUAGUUAAUUACAUAUUAUUUAUGUGUGGCUGCAGUUGUAAUUAUGCAUUGUUUGCAGGUCUUAUGUGUGUUUGCAGACAUAUUGUUGUCAUCAAACCAUCAGUUGGAUACAAGGCUGUGUGCAGCCUUUUUUGGUAAAAUGUUACAC